AUGGAAACUGAAAUGACAACCUCCAAUGACACUAUUUUCUACACAACCACUGAAUUCGAUAUAUCGACAACGAUAGAAGUUGAAAAUACUUCGAUAAGUACAUUUCCUGUUAGCAGUACGUUGAUACCAUCAAGAUCUUUAUCAAAUGGUGCUAUUGCUGGUAUAGUAAUUGGCAGUAUAGCAGGAGUUGUUCUAUUGGUCUUACUCGUCUAUUUUAUUAUCAAGUAUCGAUCGCAUUUGCUGGAUAAACUAAAGACCCCACCACGAAGCAAUGGACGAUCUCCGCGAUAUAAACCUGAAACUUCACCGCAAGAUCGAAUUUUGUCUCCACCAGGUGAAUACUUAUCACUUGCCACUUCCACAUCAACACGAUCGUCGCCAAAACCACCUCCCCGAAGAAAAAACUAA